GCAAUCCUUUCAAAGAUUAUUAAGUAAUGGCUGGCGCCUUACCUCACAUAAAACCAACCUUUCACUAAACAAUCAGCGUUAUUCGCGUAUUUUACAACCAUAUUCCCGAGUAAAAUCUGUUUCAACGUUCCACAAGGCUAACGAAACUAUUCCACCUAAUGGUCAAGGAAUUCGAUAUGUUGUUGGUUCUGCAGUAAUUGCCGGUCUUGGUGGAUCGAUUUAUUAUUAUUUUCAAAAAAAAAGGAGAAACCAAUCAAUUGAUAAUUCAAAUAAUCAACAUCAUAAAAUGAUUCUUUCGCCAAUAGAGGCUACAUUAAAAUUACGAGAAAAUCAAUUAUCAUUCUUACUUCAACGUAAUAACGGAGUUUAUCGUUAUGAUACAAAUCAAUUAGCAUCAAAUAAUCCAAUUGAGGAUACAAAGAGUGAAUUAAUUAUUCCAAGUUCAAAAAAUGGAGGUGAUCGUUUAUUUUUUGGUAUAUAUGACGGUCAUGCUGGUUGGAAUACUUCACAACUAUUAAGUAAAAAAUUAAUACCCUAUGUUAAAGAACAACUUAAUAAAGCUUAUGAUGGGUAUGGGGAAUAUGCAAAAUUGAUUUCAAAUAGAGAAGAAUUAAUCUCAAAAGCUAUUCAAAAUGGGUUUAUUGAAUUGGAUGAAGAGAUUGUUAUUCACUCUAUUGAUAGAUUAUUGAAUACGUCAAAUGGAUCCGGUGGCAUUUCUUAUAUUAAUGAAAGUCUAUUAUCGGCAUUGUCGGGGUCUUGUGCAAUACUUGCAUAUAUUGAUACGGCUACGAAUGAUCUUUAUGUCGCUUGCACGGGAGAUUCAAGAGCUGUACUUGGUGUCAAAGAUCCAAAAACUAAAGAAUGGAAACCAAUACCUUUAAGCGAGGACCAAACAGGCAGAAGUGAACAUGAAGUAGAAAGACUAGAAAGAGAACACCCGGGAGAAAGUAACAUUAUUUCAAAAGGACGAGUUUUUGGAGGAUUGGAGCCAACCAGAGCAUUCGGCGAUUCCAAAUAUAAGUGGGAUAAAGGUUUACAAGAGGUGAUUUAUUCUAAAUUUUUUAACGAAAAGCGUAGCGUCCCUGGUGGUGAACGAUUUAAAACCCCACCCUAUGUCACAGCAAAGCCCGAGGUUACACACCAUAAGAUUGGUGCUGAUGAUAAAUUCUUGGUUUUAGCAACGGAUGGUUUAUGGGAUCGGUUAUCAAAUGCUGAGGUUAUAGAACUUGUUGGACUUUUAAUUGAUGGGAGAAGAAAUGGGAAAAAUGGUGGAGAGAUCACCAUACAAAAAGAUUUGAAUGUUAAUGGCUCAAAACAACAAAAAGAAUUUGCAUUUAUUGACGAAAAUGCGUCUACACAUUUGAUACGCAACGCUCUUGGCGGCGCGGUUGAAGAUGUUUUAUGUGCAAUGUUAUCUCUUCCGCCACCAAUGUCAAGAAGGUGGCGAGACGAUAUUACCGUAACAGUGAUAUUUUUUGGCAAAGAUUAA